GCAGGGUUUUUUUAAAUCGAUCUACUUCAAUUACCUUAAUUAAUCAUAUUAUUUUAUGAGAAUUGAUUAUUUUUUAUCCUUUCGUAGAGUUAUUACAUUAGGUUGUUAACCCAUUGACCUGUUGCCACAGUUAUAUUACUUUAUUUGAUGGUAAAAAAAGAGUUUCUAGAUGUAUCCAAGUCUUGUUUGUUUCUACAUGCUUUCAACAUCUGAUUUCUUCUGUUCAUGGCUUAUGUGAUCGAUUGUUUGGAAUCUUUAAUCACUUUCGAAAUUAAUUGUUCAUCGAAAGUUUCUCUCAUUUCUCUCCAAUUAUUCGUUGUGUAAUAAAUUAUUCUGGUGAAAAUUUGCUCAGUCCAAUCUGUAGUAUCAAUUUAAGGAUUUUGAUCUGUUGAUCCAGUCACAUAAAUUUGAAAUUAUGAUUAUUUGAACAUUCUACAAUUCUUGAAUUGUUUCUUGAACGGAGCUUAACAACAAUUAUGGAAUCACCUACAUUUCAAAAGUUUGCCAAUAAAUCUAUGGGGUUGGAUGUUAUAUUUGAUGAAUGUGUUAAAAAACCCAAUUGUAAACAUGGCCCUACUUUAUUGUUGUCUAAAAAAGUUGGUAAUAGCACCAAAAAGUUCUUUGCUUGUUCGGCAUACCGUGAUAAUAAAUGCCCGCUGUUGAAAAAUCCUCUUGAUACUUCAAAAUUUGUGGUUCAAAGGAAAAAGAUACGAAAAAAAUUAGUUAAAGUUUUUCAAGCACGCAAGGAAGAAAGAGCUUACUGUCGUAGAUGUGAAGAAUUAUUCCUGUACCGAGAUUAUCAUAAACACCAAAGACAUGAUGUUAUCGAUAAGAUUCCUCUUAAGCUAAUCAGAAGACCAACAUUGUUACUUCAAGCUGCUACUAAAAGAAAAAAAGAAGCUCAAUAUUUCUUUGACAAUAUCACUGUUAAUUUUAUUAUACAGACCUUCCAAAAAUUGGAACUAAACAGAAUUAUCUGUAUCGGUUGUCCAUCGAUCCAUGAGCAGGUACAAAGUAAUAAAAGAAGUUGGAAUAUGGAGAGUGUUCUCUUGGACAUCGACCCAAGAUAUUGCCAGUUUUAUUUACGAAAACAUUUCAUUAUGUUUAAUAUGUUCAAUGGAUUUUUCUUCGAAGGUAAUGAGGGACAAUCUAAAUUGGAUAGGUUUCUGCGAGAAUGUGAACCAGGACGAGCUUGUGUUGUAAUUGAUCCACCUUUCGGAGGCUUACUCAAAGCACUUGGACGAUCAUUAGAUCAAAUUCAUGACAGAUAUUUAGAGUUACAUGGCCAUCCUGGAACAACGGGGUCAACUGCUGUUAAAUUGAAUCGUGAUAGCUAUCAAUUUGCAGUAAUGUUGUUUCUUCCUUACUUCAAUGAACCUAAAGUUGCCCAGUAUAUGAAAAAUUUAAAACUAACAGAUUAUAAAGUUCAUUAUACUAACCACAGAGCUUUGAAAGAUUGUCGAUGUCGUUCAUCAUUAGGAUCAAUUGUAAGAAUAUUCACUAAUAUACAGCCUUACGUAUUUACUUUACCUACAGAGGAAGGUUACAAAUAUUGCGAAAUUUGUAAAAGGUAUGUUUCAGAAAAUAAUAGCCACUGUGAAGAAUGCGAUGCCUGUACAUCCAAAGAUGGUCGACCACCAAAACAUUGCAAUAUAUGUAAAAAGUGUGUUAAAAAUACUUGGUUUCAUUGUUUUUCUUGUAAAAUAUGUCGACUUCCAGGCACUUGUAAGCAUCCUCAAAGAAAAAAUAAUAAGAACAGUUGAUUCUACGAAAUUUUAUGUUUAAAUUGAUAUUUAUUUUAUUCAAUAAACACUUUAAUCUCACUAAAA